AUGAAUCUAACACCUGAGAAAGUUGAUUUGCAAGCACUGUGCAUAAUUUGUUUACAAAAAGCUAAACACUACAUUAAUCUGUUUUGUAACAACAAUGAAUCCAAAGAAACUCUGAACAAAAUAUACCAAUGUUUUCAAGUUACACUAUCUCCUGAUGAAAGUAUACCCUCCUUAAUUUGCGGUGACUGUCUACAUGAACUGAAUGUUGCUAAUAACUUCAGACUCAAGUGUGUUACGCUCAAUGAAAGAAUUGAGUUAUAUUUGAAAGAAAACUUACAAAAAGACAAAAACCAAGUUGAAACUGGCCAUAGUAACUCUAUAUCAAAUUAUGACGAUGGCCCAGAUUCAGACUCAUGUAUUAAUGACUGUUCUGAUUUAAAUGUGGUGUGUAGAAAGGUCAAUGAAGUUAAUAAUGCUAAAGAAAAUGAUUUACAAAAAGAAACAGGUAGCUUUAAAUGUAAUUUAUGUCAUAAAGUUUUAAAGACAAGAAUCACACUACUGAAACAUUAUGUAUCAAUGCAUGAGAAAAGAAAACAUAUUGGUAAAGUGUCAGGGUUUGGUGCUGCUAGGAGAUACCAUUGCACAUCAUGCUCUUACUCCACACCUCACAGCCAGACUUUAGUUAGUCAUAUGAGAACCCAUAAUGGAGAAAGACCUUACAGCUGUAAUGAAUGUAGUAAGAGUUUCACACAGUCAUCAAGUCUUGCAGCUCAUCGGAAAACUCACAGCACCACAACUUACUUUACAUGUAGUUUGUGUGGGAAACAGUUCAAACAUGCUUUUACUAUGAAGAAACAUAUGCGGGUUCAUGAAAAUGCAAGCUUCACUUGCAAUAUUUGCCUGAAAACAUUAAAAUCAAAGGAAACUCUACGAGCACAUAUGCAUAGACAUUUUAAAAUCUGUAAUUAUAACUGUGAAGAUUGUGGAGCCACAUUUGUAACAUCUGCAGAGUUACAUAAUCACAGAAAAAAACAUAGUUUAGAAAAGAAAUUACAAUGUCAUCUUUGUGGGUAUAAAACCCAUACUAAGAAAAACCUGAUUAUGCAUUUGAAGAGGCAUACUGGAAACAGAACAUUCAAAUGUGACAUGUGCCAUGUAGGCUUCUAUACACAGAGCAACCUCAGGCGGCAUUUGAGAGUGCACACUGGUGAUAAACCUUACUCAUGUCCUACUUGCAGCCAGAAGUUUAGUUACAGCCCAAGUCUUAAUAAACACAUGAAAACUAUACAUGGAGUCGACUACAAAUGGGCAGACUGGAAAGAAACAAUAGCAAAGCUUGUAGACAAAACUGAUAUUCCAACUUCAUCAAAAUAA